CUCCAGCUCCGAGGCGACGAAGAAGUGGUCUCAGCUCCUCGUCUAUGCAAUACAAAUUUCCACCCGUAUAUGUACAAGAUGCAUCACAAAUUUCGCCAAUUUGGAGCAUAAAGAAAAGUUGUCAUGCUAAACUAGGAUCGAAGCCAAGUUUUGUCAUGCAGAGACCGCACUUGUACGCCGUGUGCGGGAAAUUUACUGUGGAUAUCGUCAGGACGACGGGGGCAAGAUGAAUUUCUGGACGAGCAGCGCGUUCGGAUGUCGUCCUCCUCGUUUUCAUCGUGUGAUCGGCAAACGGCGCGGGGGGUGAAAAAGAAAAAGAAUAUGCUAUUGUCCGCCGGCGCAGCUCAACAGCAGUACCUGUCCCUACAACGCAAGGGGGAAGACCGUGACCUGCCCUGCAUCUGGUCCUCUCACCUUCUCCGUGAGUGGUCUUCCUGUUCCGGCUCCUCAGAGUUGCAAAGGCUCUCUUUGUCCAACAGCAGCGAUCUAACAGCGAACAAAACCGGAACUACCGGUCCCCAGCCUCGGCGGUCCAUUUUGCGGAAACAUUCGUCGUGCUACGCGCCAGGCGGGCGGGAUUCCUGCGUUUCGGUCGGCAGUGCGCUCCUCGGGGAAUCGGGGAGCGCUGACUCGCGGGCAGCGCGUCGCUCGGUGUCUUUCUGUCCCGAGGGGGAGAAAGUUCUCCUGAUUCAGGGCCGGAAGCACUUCGGCAAGGGCCAGCAGCAGGAGGAGCUCCGGAAGUCCAAGCUGGCCGCGCAGGCGACCCUGGAGCAAGAAUUGCGAAAGGAGCAGGAAGAGGAACGGCAGAGAAAGCCGCGCGCCAGCCUAUGAGAGUGCACAACUCCCCCUUCCCCUCAUUUGUCAUGCAAAAUACCUCACUUACGCCUCUCCUCAUGGCACAGUUUGCGUGACAAGUUCUGGUAAGUUGCCCGAAUAGCAUUAUACUCCAGUGCAAAUUUGUAACAUCAACAUGCAACACCAGCACUCUUGCUGAUGCUUGUAUUGCCGUUCAUGCAAUACAAAUGAGGGGGAGGGGGACGAGUUGUACACUGUUAUACCUUUUGAAUCAGAACGAAUGGUCGUCCUGCGAGACAACUGCAAAGGGCGGCAGUAAGCAG